AUGAGCCAACAAGUGUCGCCGCGGAGCAUUGCCACUUCACAGGUUCCAAAGGUGCUGCAAAUUUAAAAACUGUUCUGCAAAUGUUAAAUGAAGAAUAGAUUUUAGGUCAAUCCUGAAGAUCGAUUGUCUCCGAAUACUCGCAUACUCAUCACAAAGCUAGAGGUAUUAAUAUAAAUACACAAUUGUAUCGUUUAAAAAGUUUAUGUUGCAUAACAUAAUCAGGAAGCCUUUUCGCGUCGCAUCGGGCGCUGCAGACCGGUUCCGCGAUGUUUCUUCUGAGAGAACACUGUUAUCCGCAUCUUUUCUAUUGAUUUUGUUGGUUUUCAAGCAUUUUUAACUUUUUUGAAAUCAAAAACUGCCAAAAUUCAGCAAAAAGCAAAAACUUGACGGUGGCCGUGGCCGAGUUGGAUUUCUAGACCGUCGCUAGCUAUUUGCUCGGCGAGCUCACGAAAACAGUCAAUUUGGCGCAGUAUUUCAGGAUAGUAUGCUAAGAAAAAGCCGGUCGCUCAUGUCAAUGGUAUUUGGACGACGAAAAAUGAAGGAUCGAGCUGAAAAAGGACAUCCAUACGUUGAGGUAAGCCAAAGAUUUCAAAGUGACUUUCAAACUCAAAUUUGAACGUUUUCAGGCAUCAGUAUCACACGCUCUCGUCGUCAUAUUCUUAGAAUAUUUUGCCUGGGGCCUUUUAACAGUGCCAGUAAUAAAUGUAAGUUAUUUCUUAUUGAUUUUCUAUGAGGAAAGUUGAUGGAACUCCCAAAAAGCACUUCAAAACCCAGCAGAAAUAGCCUUUCUCUCGACUUUAAAAAUGAUACCUCUAAAAAAAUAAAAAACUUUUCAACUUUCAGGUACUUGCAGAAACGUUUCCGACCAACAAGUUUUUAAUGAAUGGAUUGGUGUUAGGAGUGAAAGUAAGUUUUUAAAGUGAUAAUUAAAACUUCUAAAAGCUUGCCUUGGACCGCAAAUUUGCCGACACCUACGUAAAUUUCAUAAUUAAUCUAAACUUUGCAGGGUCUUCUAUCAUUUCUGUCCGCUCCAUUGGUCGGAGCACUUUCGGACGUGUGGGGUCGGAAAGCCUUCCUGAUCCUAACCGUUCUGUGCACGUGCAUGCCGAUCCCGUGUCUCAAGAUCAGUCCCUGGUGGUACUUUUCACUGUUCAGCCUUUCCGGACUCUUCUCCGUUACCUUCAGUGUCAUUCUCGCCUACGUGGCCGAUAUCACUGACAAAACAGUAAGAUUUUUGUCAAAAAUUAAAUUUUCUACUGACAUUCAGUAGAACUUUUGAUAAUCUCUCAAAAAACGUAGAAUUUCAACUUUUUGCAUCUUCAGGAACGAUCCUCCGCGUACGGACUGGUGUCAGCCACUUUCGCCGCCUCUCUGGUGACGUCGCCGGCGCUCGGUGCCUACAUUUCGGAAGUGUACGGCGACAGUCUCGUAGUUCUCCUGGCUACCUUAGUCUCCGUCGCCGACGUCAUCUUCAUCGUGCUCUUUGUGCCUGAAUCCCUUCCGUCGAGACGCGCGACGCCCGGAUCCGGACAGAUUACCCCGAACGAGGUGUUCAACUGGCAUUCGGCCGAUCCGUUCGGAUCUCUCCGCAUCGUUUGGGAAGAUAAGUUGGUGAGUUUUUAUUUUUUCAAUAUUAUCUUAAAUUGAGUUCAAGAUUUUAAACAGACUAAGCAUACUGAUUUUUUCCCCAGGUCCUCCAACUGGCGACCAUCGUCUUCCUCUCAUACCUGCCAGAAUCUGGCCAGUUCUCGUGUUUCUUCGUCUACCUGAAACUCGUUGUCGGAUUCUCGCCAGAAGCUGUCGCCAUGUACAUUGGACUCGUCGGCAUCCUCUCUGUCGUCGCUCAGACCGGCCUUUUGCACUAUCUGACGAGUAGGGUAGGCACAAAACACACGAUCACGCUGGGUCUCAUCUUCCAACUCAUCCAACUCACCUGGUACGGACUCGGUACUCAGUGAGUUGUUUUUUAUUAGAAAAAGUGAGAUAUUUAGCUAAUUUCUCUGGAUUUUUCUUAGCUUUCUACAGAAACGGCAAAAUCUUCCAGGAAUUCUCAUAUUUUACAGAUAUUGGAUGAUGUGGGCGGCGGGAAUGUUGGCGGCGAUGAGCAGUAUCACGUAUCCGUCGAUUUCGGCGUUCGUCUCGAUCCUUUCCGACAAAGAUAAACAGGGAACCGUCCAAGGAGUGAUCACCGGCAUCCGAGGCCUUUGCACCGGAUUCGGACCCGCCCUCUUCGGUACCGUAUUCUACUUGUUCGACGUGGAUUUGGAGGACGAGAAGAGCCCGUCGGGAGCACUUUCAUUAGUGGCGCCCAGGAAGAUUCCGGAGAAGAUUCUGGCGCCGUCAAGGAAUGAAUCUUCAUGGGUAAGCCACUUUUGAAAAAGAUGUUGCCCAGAAAACCAAAAAAACGGAGAUUUGUUAUUGAAAAGAAGAUUAAACGGGAAAUCCGUAAGUCAAACAAAAAACACGCGUUCGUGACUGCAGGAACAUUGUGUAUUUCUAAAUUUCAUGGUGGGUUUGUAAAAAAAACAUUUCUCUCUGAAUCGCAGAAAGCGUGUUCUUCAGUAAUCUCCGAUUGCCUGAAACUUGAUACCAGAACCGUUGUUUCACAAUAUCGACACACAAUUUGAGUGAAAUAGACAACAAUCCUUAACACUUGAAAAUCUUAGAUCUUUUUUGCAAGUGUGAAAGAUAUCCCUCAUUUCUCUAUGAAAAUAACCAAAAUCGGGUUAAUUAUGUCAAUCUUCUCACUUCAAUUCCGCAAAACGCUCUUUUUCAGAUCCAACAACAAGUCGAACGAGCGGCGGCGUUCGACUGGCAAUUCAUCCCAGGACCUCCGUUCCUGAUCGGAGCCAUGAUGGUCCUCUUUGCUCUUCUGAUCAACUCGACUCUUCCGCACACCCCGACCGUCUCCAAGUACUUCCGACGGUCGCCAUCGCAUUCUCGGCAGUCCUCCGACACGGCACAUCUACUGAAUCCCUCCGAUUCGCCGCAUUGCUGA